AUGAACGCCGCUGCAGAUGAGACCUCGUCCAGAGAGCCUCAAGAUGCAGCCGCCAGCAUGAGCAGCAGAGAGGCCUGUCUUCCCCUGGGAUCAGGUGAGCGUGAAGGAAACGGUGCGGGUGAUGGCAGUGAGACCGAGAGCCCUAAUCCAAAAGAUGUUUGGGUUCAUGUCUAUCACUGCGACCCAUACACCGGGUUUCUGAACAGGAUGCUGCUGAAGAACUCUGAAAUAGGCAUCUAUCACGCGGGGAUCGAAGUCUACGGCGAGGAGUGGUCGUUUCAGUACUUUGAAGACACAUGGAAUGACCCAACGAUUUCUGGCAUCAUUCGAUGUGCCCCGAAGCAGAUGAGCGGCUAUGAGUAUCAAGAGUCGCUGAAUCUUGGACCCACCUCAUUGAGCGAGGUGGAGGUCGACGACCUUCUCGAGACUUUGUGCGAUGAAUAUUCGGCCGGCAUCAAUACAGAAGACCUCGAUGCGGCAGAGUAUGCGUAUGACAAGUACUUCAGCAUGUAUGCGCUGGCAGAGUCACCGCGCUCUUCGAGAAACCGACUGUCCUUCAGCGAGGGCAAUCUGCUGGUUCCCACGUCGAGCAUCGCAGGCUGCUGA